AUGAAGCGAGCGUUAACCUCACUGCCCUCAGAUUUGAGUCCGCGACUACUGCAAGGAGUGCCAUUGAGCAUAUGCCUCAGUGGGUGCGGACAGCACUGGUCAGCUCCGAGCCAAUACACAGAUGACUUCUAUGCCACCCGCAGAUUCUGCCGGAGAACGGAGUACUUCGACGUGUUCCUGAGCCACGAUUGGGGGACGUCGCGAUUUCUUAAGCUGUGCUCUCUGGCUGUGAUGUUCAACGUCCGUGCUGCCUCGAUUCUGUCCAUAAGCGUCGGGAUUACAGUGGGCCUCUUGCGUGCCUUUGGCAUCAUUCCCGACGAGAAAUGGACCGAAGUCUUCCCACUCGCAGCCUUUUACUCGCUCCUUUUCUUCUGGCAGCACCUGCGUGAGCUCUUCUUGCGCCCCUUAGUCGUAUUUCUGGAUCGCCUGUGCAUCGCGCAGCAUGAUGACAAGCUGAAGGAGCAAGGUAUCCUGGGCCUCGCCGGAUUUCUGGAUCGUUCCAACAUUUUGGCAGUCCUGUGGUCGCCGCGCUACUUCAAGAGAGCCUGGUGCACCUACGAGCUGGGAACGUUCCUGCGCGAGCCUGGCAAGGAGAAGUCCGUUCGCAUCAUGCCCGUGAAGCUGGCACCGACGCUCAUCGCCUUCUGUGUCUGCUGGCAGGUUAUUGGCUUCGCAGCUGAUACUGCCAGCGAGUACUUCAAUGAGUCGGGUCCAAAAGAAUGGCUGCUUGUUGGAGGGACGCUUCUUUUCGUCAUCUUCUGCGGUGCUCCGGUUUACAUGUACAUCGGGAUGGGGUUGAUUCGUGACAUCGAGGCCUUGCCAGAGAACUUGAACAACUUCAAAAUCCAGGAAGCUGAGUGUUUCUGUUGUGCCAACAACCAUCGCAAUCCAUGUACUGGUGAUGAGCUUACGUGUGACCGGCGAUUAAUAUUCCGGACACUGAAGAAAUGGUAUGGCACUCCAGACGAUGACACGGAGGCACACUUGGAGUUCUUCAAUGACUUUGUUCGGUGCCGGCUUUCGCGCACGAUCCGCCAAACCGUUGGGGGAUACACGCUGCCUUUGAAGCAGUACCUUUACAUCGCCCUUGGUGCGAAUGCCCCCAACCUGGCAGACUACAUCUCCAGAAUCGGAGCAGGUCCAUGUCCGUCCGGUCAGGGCUGCGCUGAGGUGCUUGCGUCUGAUGCCGACCGCGUCGUUUGGGCAUGCAGGGGGCUGAUUGGGUGGACGAGUGUCUCGCUGCAGAUGCUCUUUGGCAUUUGGGUUUCUAUCGCGACUUGGAAGAUGGGUGUGCGCCUGAUGCGAUACUGCAGUCGAGCGUGCUUGGCCCUGACCCUCCCGUAUCUCAUCUUUCCGUGGGUUCUGGCAGUGGCCUGGUUGCCGAUCCGCGUGACCUUCGACCUCACUUCCUGUGACAGCCUGCUGCCAGUCAUCCCAUUUCUUGGGCUGCUCACUAUCACCUUAUGUCUUUUUUCAGCAGGAGCCUCGCCGAAGAUGAUCGCUCCUGACAUAGCCGUGAAUGAGAUGCUCAAAAGCAAGUCCCUCAAGCCUGCCUGGGAAGCUCAGGAUGUACAGAAUGUGGCUCAUGCCACAACCCAAGACACUUUUUAA